UGUUUUACAAAACACACACAGUACAGUUGGGAGCUUGUUAGGAUGUUCGAACACUUUACCACUAAACUACUCAUCACGCGUAUUUCCCUGCUUAACAGCUUAUACUCGUACUUCGAACAACACCGACCCCGCCCUUAAAAAGCCAUCUAACCCCUGUAAUUAACCUCCACAAGGGACGUGCAGAAGCACACACACAAAAAAUCUUUUUACCAUGGGCAUGGCCACCGCAGCCGCCGCGACGACGGCCGCUCCGGACAAGCUCCGGCAGCCGUGCAGGCCGAGGCCGGCGGCGCAGAUCUCCUCCUCCAAGAACCGCGGGCCCAAGGCGCCGGUGGUGAUCGCGCACGAGUGUCCCAGCGCGAUGCGCGCCCACGUCCUGGAGGUCCCCGCCGGGCGCGACGUCCUGUCGUGCGUCGCGGCGUUCGCGCGGCGCGGGCGCUGCGGUGCGCUGGUGCUGGGCGCGGCCGGGCACGUCGCGGACGUCGUACUCAGGGAGCCGGCGCUGGUGCUCCGCGGCACGACGGAGAUCCUGAGCCUGGCAGGGUGCUUCUUCCCGUCUCCCUCGGCGUCAGCGGCGGGCGUCGCAGUGUUCCUGGCCGGGCCGCGAGGCAGCGUCCUGGGCGGCGCCGUCGCGGAGGGAGGGCUCGUGGCCGCCGGUCCGGUGGUGGUAAUGGUGGCCACGUUUGUCGCGGCUGCGAUCGACCGGUUGCCGCUGGUGAAGGGGGGCGAAUCCUCCAAGGCGGACGGGAGCGACGUGCACGGCGUGGCCGGACAGUGGCGGUGCGGCGGCCAGCCGCUGCAACAACAGUGCGGAUGGGCGCCGCUGUGUCGGAAGCUGGGCGCGAAGAGCUGAACCCUAUGCACCGAGUGGAGAAUAUAUAUUGGGCCGUCAUAUUGUUCGUUGGCAAGCAGGCCGAUGUGGAGUUUUGGUCCAAGCUUUGAAAAAAAAAAUCCAUGUUCUGCUUUUAUCUUCUUUGGCUGUGAGACAACAGAAACUUUUCAAUGUCUCAAAAGAAACACGAACUUUUCAUGAAGGUACAGUGUUAAAAAUACUCCCUACGUUCACAAACAUGAGAUGUUUUGGAUAUUUCAAUAUGGAUUAUAUAUACAGACUAAAUGAGUGAACGAACACACU